AUGAGCACAUCACAGAGCAAGCUUGACGCCCGCGGCGCACCGCCGUCGAGGGCCAUUGAGCUCUACAGCCCCAAAUACUUCGCAGCUUGCACGUUGGGCGGCAUCAUCGCUUGCGGCCCGACCCACACCGCCGUCACGCCCCUCGACCUGGUCAAGUGCCGGCGGCAGGUCGAUAACAAGCUCUACCGGUCCAACGCGGCCGCCUGGCGCAAGAUCUUUGCCUCGGAGGGCCUGCGCGGCGUGUUCACGGGUUGGGCCCCGACCGCCGUGGGCUACAGCUUCCAGGGGGCGGGCAAGUACGGCUUCUACGAGGUGUUCAAGCAUGCGUACGGCGACACGCUGUUCCCCAACGCCAACCGCACCCUCGUCUAUCUCGCCGCCAGCGCCUCAGCCGAGUUCCUCGCCGACCUCGCCCUGUGCCCCUGGGAGGCUAUCAAGGUCCGCAUGCAGACCACCAUCCCGCCCUACGCCCAUACCCUGCGCGAGGGCUGGACCCGCAUCGCCCAGCGCGAGGGCAUCGGCGGCGGCCUGUACAAGGGCCUGUACCCGCUCUGGGCCCGCCAGAUCCCCUACACCAUGGUCAAGUUCGCGACCUUCGAGUCGGCCGUGACCGCCAUCUACAAGAGCAUGGGCGACCGCCCCAAGGAGGACUACAGCAAGCUCGCGCAGACGGGCGUCAGCUUCCUGGGCGGCUACAUCGCCGGCAUCGGCUGCGCCGUCAUCUCCCACCCGGCUGACGUCAUGGUCUCCAAGCUGAACGCCGAACGAAAGCCCGGCGAGGGCGCCGGCCAGGCCGUCGCCAGGAUAUACGGCAACAUCGGCUUCAAGGGGCUCUGGAACGGCCUGCCCGUCAGGAUCCUGAUGAUUGGCACUCUUACCGCCUUCCAGUGGCUCAUAUACGACUCCUUCAAGGUCUCGAUUGGCUUGCCGACAACGGGAGGUCACUGAGUGAGGGCUUCCAUAGAACAAUGCCAAUGUAGGCAAGAGGAAGGAUCUUGUGGAGGCUGGCUGUGGCUUGACUGGUCUUUCUGAAGGCUCUAAAACAACUGCUCGAUGCGGAAUUCUGGCCCAGGUAGCUGAAAAGGCACCAUGUCAGAGGAAACUAGGAUGGUAGAGUGUGUUUGAGUACCGGGAUUUCCAGCGAAGAAGAUAGAUCGCGAAGACUAGCUGAUAUAGCAUGCACCACGGCACAGGGGAAACUCGUGUUCGGACGAAUACGAUCGUGUCAACCUCCUCAGCGGGGUGAGGAUCGUGACAUAUUGGCAAUUACCGAGCCACUGGCCGACGUAUCCGUAACCAGGGCAGAGAAGCAGUUCGAUCGCCACGCCGCUCAACCCGAUUU